UCGUGGAGAUGCUACACCGGAGAGCAGCCUCACCGCCCCGCCUGGGAUGGAUUUAGAAGAAGCCUAUCAAGUCGUUGGCGAGUUUGGACCCUACCAGAAGCGGGCGGUGGCUGUCCUGGUUCUGACACAGGUGUACAUGGCCUGUCAGUCCAUGCUGAUUGUUCUGAUUGGAUCAACACCAAAGUACCAGAUCGAGCAGCAGGACGGCGUCUCAUCCAGCCAGCGCAUCGUCUUCACAGAGGACAUCGACACCAUCGUGACUGAGUGGUUUCUCAUCAAGCAGCAGGCCUAUAAGGUCAGUCUCGCCGGAUCGCUGUUCUUCGCCGGGCUUCUGGUCGGGAACAUCGUCUUUGGGCCGCUCUCUGACAAGAUCGGCAGGAGACCCGUCUACCUGACGGGUUUGUUCUUCGAGGUGAUCUUCGGUUACGUGACCGCCUUCGCUCCCAGCUAUGAGAUCUUCGCCCUGUCCCGUCUCCUGGUGGGGCUGAUGAACGGAGGCAUCGGCCUCGUCUGCUUCGUCCUGGCUCAGGAGUAUGUGGGGAAGUCAUACUGGGCCAUGACUGGGACGUUGUCCAGUAUGAUAUUUGCGGUCGGCAUCGCCCUGUUUGGCGUUCUGGGCUAUUACAUCCAGCCGUGGAGGAGCCUGGCCACGGCGGCCAACACGUCCGGUGUCCUGAUCUUCCUGCUGUCUGUAACUCUUCCCGAGUCUCCUCGUUGGCUGUAUUCUCAGGGUCGGACGGAGCGAGCAGAGGAGGUUCUUCGCUACAUGGCGCUGAUGAACGGCAACACUGCAAACAACCUGAUGCUGCAACGCGUCGGCGCCGCUAAAGCCGGUAACCACGGCAAAAGUGGUGGAGGGGUCCUGCAACUGGUGAUCCAUCCGGUCCUCCGACUCAGGACCAUGGUGCUCAUGUAUGUCUGGUAUGCAUGCAGUCUGGUGUAUUACGGUCUCACUCUGGGGGCCGGUGACGCAUCUGGGAGCCGCUAUAUGAACGUAGCCAUGUACGGCCUGGUGGAGCUGCCCGCCUACCCGCUCUGCAUGUACUUCAUCAACAAACACUGGGCUGGGAGGAGGAAGACCAUGGCCAGCUUCCUGUGUCUGGCAGGAUCUGCCUGCCUCUUCACCAUGUUUGUCCCUGAAAACACAGGAACCUUCCUGAGCGUCACGUCGUUGGCGCUUCUGGGAAAACUGAUGGUCAGCGCAGCGUUCAACAUCGCCUACCUCUACACGGCUGAGCUCUACCCGACAGUCGUCAGGAACGCUGGUUUGGGAGUUUGUUCCAUGUCAUGCAGAGUCGGAGGGAUCCUCGCACCGUUUGUUCCCUCCAUGCGGGCUCUCCACACCUCCAUGCCCUUCACCGUCUUCUGUCUGAGCGGUCUGUCUGCAGGCUGUCUUGGCCUCCUGCUGCCUGAAACCCUCAACGGUCCCACAGCAGAGACUCUGGAGGACCUGAGCAGCCCGACCCGCUGCCGAGUGCUGGAGAGCAAGCCUCUGUUGUACGAUGAUGACAAGCGGAAAUUAAACCACAAAUGAGGCCAAGCAGCUCGAAACGACUCAGGAACUCAUUCCUCACGGAGCUGCUGUUGACUGACUGAGGCUCUGCCGUAGGAAGAGGGCGUCAUCGACUGAACUGAAGGUUCCUCCUGUAUGUUCUACAGAAAAGUCAGACAGUCGAUCCCCUGCCUUAAUUUGAUUUCCUGACUAUGGUCACGGUUUUUGUGCUUCAGUUGGUCACAUUCCAGAGAUGCUGGGAAGUAUGAACAUCAAACUUGCUGCUAACAAUCGUGUUACUCACGGUUAGAUUUCCCAGUAGCAAAAAAAAAAGGACUGAGUUCAACUCAAAAACAUUCCUCAAAAUGUUCAAUGAAGUUUCUUUUGGUCUGCAUUGAUUUUAAGCAGGAAAUGUUUUCGACCAUGAAAACAUGCUCUUAUGUGUCCAGCAGUUAGCUCUGUCACAUGCUAGUGAGUUAGCAUAGAGCGCUGCAAGUGCCCAAAAGGCAAACCGGAGCUGUAGAUGGUUGACUGUUCAGUAACCGCUUAUAGUUUGUAAGAUUAUUUAAUUUAUUAGGUGUAACAUUAUGAUGGGAACAGGAGCUGAUGAUAUUGCAGCAUUUUUUGAGUUUAGAAUCAGAGGUUGCAUUAGAUGUUCUCGUCAUCUGUCAAUCUGUAUCCACCGUGAAGAAAAAAAAGGUGGACAGUUUGGGAUUUUCCGGGACUAAUCGUGGCAUCUAACCUCCAGCUGUCGACGGAGAUAAUUCUUUAUUCUCUACUAUUAUCGAAGGUUUUUGUGUCUUCUUUUUGUCUGUAACUUCUUGACACAAGCUGGAUAAAAAGUUUGCAUAUUUCAACAAAUAUGUAAUUAGUACAACAAUUGUUUCACUUUUGUAAAAGUGGAAGAAGUGUUGCACACGAUGUUAACCACAAAGCAAGAAGUGUUGUUGAGUAUGAGAUAGACUUACAGUCAGUUAGAAAAGUGUUUUAUGGAGAGUCAGAGAGAAUAUUUCUGUUACGUGAGCACAAACAUUUGGUUUUGUUCAAACUCCUGAAAAGACACAAGCCAAAUGAAUUAACAGGACAGUUUUACACAUCAAUCAAUAAUGGGACCAAUGUGUGUGUGGAAUCAAUCAAACCACCACUCUGGACAAAAUAUUGAAGUUUGUCUUUUGUGUGUCUUUUGUGUCAGACCAAGCUUGGGUCACAUGAGCUGUUACAUCCUCCACCACAAUGAUUUUAUGUGCGAAAGCAGAUGAAAAACACUUGACCAGCAUUUUACCUUCUGUGCCUUUAACUCAGCUGAAAAUUUAUGACUGAGAUGUAAUUAAAUAUAUUAAGAUAUCAGAAAACAAAUAUUGCCUGAGAUGAAUUUUUAUGCCAUCAUUUUGUAUUGUGUUUACAGUCAUACAGUUAAAAUGUUUACCAUGUAGACGUGAUGUAUCUACGGGUGCUUGUAUACAGGCAGUAAACAUUUCCAACAGUGAAUCCAGUAA